UUCAAUAUUUCCUGUCUGUAGUAGUGUAGGUGCGCUCCUCUCUUCUUUCCGCUGGCAAGCUAACCUCUUGUCAGUGUAGUUACUUAAACAUGAACGCACCUCCGGCAUUCGAGUCAUUUUUGUUGUUCGAAGGAGAAAAGAAAAUUACUAUUACAAAGGACACAAAAGUUCCCAAUGCCUGCCUUUUCACCUUGAACAAAGAAGAUCAUACACUGGGGAACAUCAUCAGAUCACAACUGCUAAAAGACCCUCAGGUGCUCUUUGCUGGCUAUAAAGUUCCUCAUCCUCUGGAGCACAAGAUUGUUAUACGUGUUCAGACCACUCCAGACUACAGUCCUCAGGAGGCUUUCACCAAUGCCAUCACUGAUCUGAUCAGUGAGCUGUCUCUGCUGGAGGAGAGGUUUAGGGUUGCUAUCAAGGACAAGCAGGAAGGGAUUGAAUGAAGACUAUUGCUAUCACUACAUGAAGAAUCCUUAUGAUGAAUGUUUACAUUUUUUGUUGAACCUGAAUGCUCUGGAUAAAAGGAUAUAGCUUUGGGACUAACUAUAACCACCAUGCAUAAUGUUUUUGUUCACUUUGAUUACAUAUUCUUGUGAUGUUAAGCGGUCCCCAUGUAUUUUCAAAUCAUGGUAACAAAAGAUAGCUUCUAAACAUAUUCACUUUCCCAAACUUUUUUUAACAUUAUUCAUAUUUUGUGAAACGUUUGUGUUUGUUUGUCAUCUUGUGUUUCAAUAAAUGAAGCUUGUGAUAUUU